AUGAAGCCACAGUGCAUACUCAUUUCUUUGCUGGUAAACCUCGCAUACGCCGAGGAGUAUCUGGUGAGAUUUAAAAACCCGACUGCAUUCCAGCAAUUCACGUCAAAUUCUAACAGGUCAUGGAGACAGUUCAUCGACAACAAGAUCGAGAAAAAAUUCUCGAUUGGCUCGUUCCGAGGGGUGACCAUGAACCUGUCCAAGAACUUGGUCAACAAGCUGAAGAAAAGCCCUCUAGUCGCUGAUAUUGUGCCCAAUUUUAGAUUCGAGGCGUUCGAAAACGAUGGAACGAACGACGCCGAGCUGAACUACACGUUCAACGCCACCGCCAAGUAUUUGUACGAAGAUAUUGAUGAAGCGCAAAACAUCACGUACCAAUCAGACGCACCACGCCACUUGGCCCGAAUUUCCCGCCACUACCAGCUGCCAUUCGACAUCGAGGACAAGAACCGCUACAAAAGCUGGUUCAAUUACUACUACGAGGACGAUUACCUGGGCCAAGACGUCAACGCCUACAUCAUGGACACAGGCAUCUUCUCCGACCAUCCAGAAUUCGAAGACAGGGUCAUCCAGGGGAUCGACUUGACCAAAGAGGGCUUUGGUGAUCAGAAUGGCCAUGGGACGCACGUCGCAGGGCUCGUCGGCUCCAAGACGUAUGGUGCGGCCAAGAAGGUCAACCUUGUGGAAGUGAAAGUCCUGGGCAAAGAUGGCUCUGGUGAGGCCAGUAAUGUUCUGAGUGGACUGGAGUUCAUUGUGGAACAUUGCACGAGAGUCAGUCGCCCGCAGGGCAAAAAAUGUGUGGCCAAUCUGAGCUUGGGGAGUUUUAGAAGCCCCAUAAUCAAUAUGGCGGUGGAGGGGGCCAUUGAAGAAGGUAUUGUAUUUGUUGCCGCCGCGGGCAAUUUCAAUCUUGACGCAUACUGGGCCUCACCUGCAUCCGCGGAAAACGUCAUUACUGUGGGAGCUUUUGAUGACCAUAUUGACACUAUUGCCAAAUUCAGUAACUGGGGACCCUGUGUAAACAUCUUCGCGCCUGGCGUGGAGAUCGAAUCGCUUUCGCAUUUGAAUUACGAAGACACGCUGAUUUUGUCCGGUACUUCCAUGUCGACACCAAUAGUCACCGGGGUUGCAGCGGUUCUGCUAUCCAAGGGCAUCGAGCCUGCACUGAUUGCCCAGGAAAUUGAGUAUUUGUCCACGCGCAACGUGUUCCAUAGAAGAACGUUGUUUUUCAAGCCUUCCACCGCAAACCAGAUCCUCUACAACGGUGUCGAUAAACUGGACGAUCCAUACAAUGAUGAGACGUUCCCUCGAUUGAACAUAGAGGCAAUUGCCAAGGAACUGGAGGAGUAUAAUGCCACUUUGCAAAACCCUAUGGCCGAUGGUCUUCAUUCUGGUUCAAAACUAUGGGGUUGGAACAAUGAUGUCACUUUGCCUCUCGGCGAGAUUCGAUUGAAAAGACGUGAUUUCAUAAAGGAUUUAUAG